CGGCAGUCGCAAUCAUAAUUUAAAUGUGAUAUUGUGAGUGAAUACAGCUUAAAUUGCCCCGGAGUCUGUCUCGAUACUUCUCAGGGCUCUAAAGUAGAAUUGGAUGUCCCAUCGAUUAGCGAUAAAUUUUGUUCAAUUUUGGCGAUAAAAACCCCAUUUCUGAUUACCAUGAUAGUUUUAGCUUUGCUUUAUCUUCCUGAUUUUUUUUUUUUUUUUUUUUUUUUUUUAAGUGAAAAUAGAUCGAUGUGUACAUGGACACCGAGUUUGUGCAAUUCUUUGAUUUCUUAUUUUAGUUUUGUGUAGCGGCUCUCUUGAAAUUGUGCCAUCCUGCCGUCGAAUUUGGCGUCACAAAAGAAUCGCUAGAAAAGCAAGAGGCACCCAAUUGUAAACUUUUACCCAUCUCAGUUUUUGGAGUUAAAUCAUAAUUCAAACAGGAGUACACCAGUGUCCUACAUAAGAAAAGCUCCGGCACGAAGCUGAAACACAAUUUAAGGAGAAAAUUCUUUUAAUCUUGUAAAAUUUUAUUUUAGUAAUAUAUAUGCCUUAAAAAUGAGCAAAGAUUUAGAAUUUUAAGAACAAAAAUGUCUCACCCAUUUGGAAAAAUUUCAUUUUGAAGGAGUUACAAUAAUCUUUAUGAAAGCUUGUUUCAGAAGGAGUAAAUUUUUCUGUCAUGAAAGUACUAAAAAUUAUUAUCCUGGUUGUGCCUCUAUAUUCACUGAUUAGGUAUCGAUUUUAGUUACUUAUGAUUUAAUAUAGAAUGUAGAAGGCUAUGUUUAUGUUCCUGAAUGGUUGUAAUUUACGGUUUGUCUAUAUUUUAGGGUGCCUCUUGGAUUAUCACCAAGUUGUUGUUUCAUUUAUGGUAACCUGAGUAGUCAAAUAUUAUGGGAACCUUAUUAUGAUGUGAUUGGUUGUAUGAUUGCGGUUAAUUUGACUGAUGGGAAAACAUUUGGGUUAGAGUUGACUUUAGGGUAUGCCUUGUAUUAUCGCGAAAUUGUUGUUUCAUUUAUUGCCAAGUUGUUGUCUCAUUUAUGACAACCUGAGUAGUUGAAUGCUAUGGAAACCCUAUUAUGACGUAAUUGGUUGCAGUGAAUUUGAAUCAUGGGAAAAAAUUUUUAAAGUGUGUGUCGGAUUUUGGGUAAGGGCUUGUGUGUGAUGGAUAAGUACGUUGUUAUUUUGUGGUUUACACGAUAAAUUGGCUGAAUGUGGUAAGAUUAAUUUGAAGUUUCUGUAGGAUUUGGAAUGAAAGGGAAAAAAGCAUUAAUUGAUUGGUGUGUAAAUGAAGGUUUACUUAGUAGCCAUUAUUAAGUGCCCUGCUUGGAGGAAGGAAAUGCGAACGGUCGAACAUCGGAUAAUUUCGAACGGAGGAUAUUUUUUACUCUUAUUUUUGGGAUGUGUUUGACUGAAGACUCAUAAAUUCGUAAAUAAGCCAAGAGUUAAUGAAACAGAAUGCAAGACUUAAAUCUGAAGUUAGUAGAAUCAAAACUGUUUUAAGUCAAGAGCAUUUGAAGUCAGGUUCAUCAGGUGUUAAAGGUGAAGAACAGAAAGGUUUCUCCAUGGUACCAAUAGGUCAUAUAUCAUCUUGUUUUAAUACUAAAAAUGGGAUUCCUAGACAACCUUCACUGUGUAGUGCUGCUAAAGCCACACUGAAAAUUGAAAAUUCUAUUUUCACUAAUCCAGAGCAUUCAUUAAUAGGCUUAGAUGAAUUCUCUCAUAUUUGGGUUUUAUUUGUGUUUCAUGAGAACAAAAAACAGAAUUCAGUGAAAGCAAAAGUUCAUCCACCACGUUUAAAUGGAGCUUCAGUUGGUGUCUUUAGUACCCGCUCACCACAUAGACCUUGUGCCAUUGGAUUAUCACUUGUGAAAUUAGAUAAAAUUGAAGGGAGCAUAUUAUUUUUGUCUGGAAUUGAUAUACUAGAUAAAACACCUGUACUUGAUAUCAAGCCUUAUAUACCAUUUUAUGACAUUCCAAAUGCUCUGAAAAUUUCAAGUGAAAAUGAGUUGUCAGAAAAACAUCAGUCUGAAAGUGGUAGCAGCUCACAGUUUAGUUACAAUUGUAAAACUAAGCUUUUGCCAAACCAAAAUGCUAAAUCAGAGUUCUUUGAAUUAGAAAGUUUUACAAAUAGCAAGAAAUUCAACCAGAACUUGCCUUCUCUAAGUAAAGCACCAGAAUAUCUUGAUGUAAUGUUUACAAACAGAGCAGUGAGUGAUCUUGAAAUGUUUCAUUCUGAAAAAGAUCACAGUGAGAAAUGUAGAUAUUGCUUGACAUUUGUUGAUGGCCAAAUAAGUGCAAAAAAAGGAAUAAUAGAAAUACUUGAAAAUGAUCCAAGAUCUGUUUACAGAAGACAGAAGUGUACAGACAGACUAUAUUAUUUCUACUUGGAUAACAUGCAUAUUACCUGUUGGUUUGAUGAAAUGAUUGCAGAAGUAUUACGAGUAAAACCUUCAUGUAAAGUUUGAGAGAAGGAACUGUAUGAAAUAUGCACAUGAUGUAUCAUAUAUUUAUUAAUAAAUUAUUUUAAAAUAUA